GUUAGGCGUCGAGUGCUAGGUAAGGAGGGGGAAAUCAGUCGACGAGAUUGUUGGCUGAAGCUACACCGAUUGAGAUGGUUAGGAGAUGUGUUACACAUGCCCAGCCAAGCCAUCGCCUUCCUCGAUGGGCGAUCUUAGCUGGCAUAGGAUUGAUCAGGUUGGAAAAGAGCUAGGGGUGGUCAAACCAAAACAUGGCUCCAUCAGUUAGUUUAAGUCAGUGACGUAGGAAGCUGUAGACUUCCUGACUGGUUGGGGUCCUAGGGACGGUAAAAACCAAUGGCAUUGGGUCAAAAUCUUUCUCGAUAAUGGCGCAGAUGCAUCCACUCUUUGUGAUUUAUAAUAUCCAAUAAAAUUCUAUUGUUUUUCCAUAUUACUAUUCAUUUUGUCUUAUAUUUCUGUUUAUUAUCUCUCUUUUGAAGAAUCUCUCUUUAUUGUCUUCUCUUGCUUUGUGUGCUACAUGGAGGGAGGGUGGCAACUCGAACUGGUGCACAUCUGUGCAAAGUUCUACGUUGAAACCAGGCAGUCAGAGUCACAACAAUUCAAGUGAUAAUAUGUUUAAUAUAUAUAUAUAUAUAUAUAUCCUUACAAAAAGAAAAUCUAGUUUCUAGAUUAUGUGAUCUAAUUCUUAUUUUAUUCAUUUUUUUACUACCUUUACAGAUGAUAGAUCAUACAGUUAAAGUCAAAUUAUCUUCAGAUAGUGAGGAAUGCGCAUCAGAUGUGAACAAUCCGGACAAUAUCGAUACAAAUCAAGACAAUAAAAUCCGUAAUCUUGAAGAAAAACUUCGACAAUUAGAAGAAGAAAAUUUAAAUCUUGAAAAAGAAAUUUAUUCAACAGAGAAAAAGUAUCAGGAACAGUUGGAGGCAUAUUUAGCCAGAUAUAUUAAUGCAGAUUUUAGUCUAGCUCAAAUGCAAUAUAUACUGCCUAUGAAAAGAGCUAAAUUAAGUAAAUUGCAGACUACAACAACAAGUGAGCAUGAUACUUCAACCUCCUCCAACUCUUUUACAAUUGAUGCGAAUCCACUGAUCUCAUUGAAACAUUUUUUUGAACCAUCAGUAAAUCUUGUUUAUAAAAAAUUACGUGAAACAACAAUAGAAGCACAAAAUCGAUAUAGACAAAGUAAUGAUGAUAUGUUGGCAUGGAGAUUUUCACCAGAAAGUUCAAUUGGGAAGUCAUUAAUGUCACGUAUUCGACACUUGCUAAACGCUAAUGAAGAAUUAGGCCGAGUGAAUCAAGCUGAUCGUGUAUCGAAAUUGGAAUCUGAAGCUGAACUUCAAGCAACGUGUAUAAAAGAAUUUAUAAAAGCUAAUGAAGAUAUUGAAAGUGUAGUGGAUGAAGCCUACACUGAUUUAGAAGGUCUUCAAAAUACUCUGUUAAUUCUACACCAACAAAUAAAUCAAACUGAAUCUAUUGUUGAAGCAUUACAGAAUGAAUUAGAAUCACGUCAACCUGGUAUAGUUGCUGAACUCAUGUCAGCAAUGCUAUCAAAGCUGAAUGAAACAGAAGAAACAACGAAUACAACAGAAGGCGGUGGUGGUGGUGAUGGUGAUGAUAAUGCUACAUCAACUCCUGAUGUACAUGAUCAACCACCUGAAGAAGAUAAUCUAGAUACUUGUAAUAAUACUACUGAUGAAGGUGCACCAGAAGAAACUUGUACAUAAAGCAAUAGUGAUAGUAAUUGAAAUUUGUACAUAGAUAGAUAGAUAGACAGACGCGAAUGACUAUCGUCUCACCUUCUGAUGGCUUUUUUUUGUACAGAUA